CUACGAGCUAUCUGUACUUCUGCAUCUCCUCCUGCGCUUUCUUCGCCUUCUCGCUUCCUUACACCUCGCCCUCCCUCUUCUAGUCGAGCGCUACAGACUUCCAUACCUCUAGAGCUCCCUGAGCCAGCCAUGUUGGCCGCGAGACUUGGGUUCAGGCCAGCUGCAAGAUCGGUCCGCUCGCUUCCUGUGUCGCCCAUUCUCUUCAGAUCCAUUCCUCGGUCCCGUCCUUUCACAAACAGACCACGGUACACACAGUUCGCAGACAAGAGUGGUCGGCAGCAACAAUGGAGCCGGUUCGGUCCAGUGCGCAGGGUGCAAUACCUUUGGAGAAACCACCCAAAUAAAAUCCUGGCUGUCGGCGUGGGCAGCGGAGCGUUUUAUGUGUACAAUCUGGAGGAGGUUCCUAUUACACAUCGCCGACGUUUCAAUAUUUACUCCCCAGAAACCGAGAAAUCACUAGCGGGAGGCCCGCAACAAUAUCAAGCACUGCUGCAAGAAUUCGGCGGCAAGAUACUCCCACCUAACCAUCCAUAUACCGAGCUGGUGGCUCGUGUCGUCGAACGCCUACUGCCAACAACGCGUGGACUAGCAGGCGAUGACUGGCAGGUCCAUGUUAUUGAUGACGCUACCCAGAAGAACGCAUUUGUUGUGCCAGGAGGGAAAGUUUUCGUCUUCACUGGCAUCCUUCCCAUCUGUCAAACCGAGUCAGGUAUUGCUUCUGUUCUCGGGCAUGAGAUCGCUCACAACGUCGCGCAUCAUGCGGCUGAAAGGAUGUCAAGCCAAUUACCGUUAUCCAUUGCCUCCAUUCUCCUCCAGUUAGUCUUUGACCUGGGGAGUGGUGCCUCAUCCUCCGUCGUCAGUCUGCUCUUGGAACUUCCCCACUCGAGGACUCAGGAGACCGAAGCUGAUCACAUUGGACUUCUGAUGAUGGCUGAAGCUUGCUAUGAUCCUAGGGAGGCUGUUGGCUUUUGGGAACGAAUGAGAAAAGCCGAGCAGUAUGAGCCCCCUCAGUUCUUAUCGACCCACCCUAGCAAUUAUAACCGCAGCGAAACACUGAAGCAGUGGAUGCCACAAGCAUUAGAUGCAUAUACUGACAGAGGAUGCGGCUCUAUGAGUCAAACCAUCAAAGAUUUUACCGGAACGCUGGGUCGACAGUUGUCAGCGCCGAAACGACAAACGCCUAUGCAACCAGCGCGCAGACAUGAUGACGACGACGAUUUCUUCUGAGCGGAAGAUCGCUUCGAACGGUAUCCCAAGAGCCUCGUCCAUCCCCAGCACGCAGGCGCUUCGGUCUCUGGCAGAGUUGAGUUCUUGCCCUGAGCUGAAAUGGGCGGAUGCGGAUGAAGUUCUGGCACCAUUCUUGGCCUUAUCAUCCACGGGGAAGCAGACGCAGCCAGAUCAGUAUACGAGGAGCUGACAGCUGCACACACAUUAUAUGCACAAGCUGGCAUCUCGGUAUUCUUAUGUGCGGCAUUAUGACACGAUAUUUCAUGAUUCAGACAGGUGGCUCUCCUCUCAGACACACCACCUUUGACCACGGACGGAAAUCAUUUGAACCCUAUCGAAUCUCGUCUCUGCAACAACGGAGUUCUCAUGGCUGAGAAAGUUGAUGUUCCAGGCGUCGCUUAAACCACUAGUGCCGCCUUUGGUACAGUAUGUCAACAUUGACCAACAACUCCUACUAGGCUCUUCUCUAUCGAACGUCGUUUCGACUUGAAUUAUGAGGUGACUGCGCCACAGCCCUUGCAUUCGGGGCCGUCCGACUGCACAUGAAUCGUCUGUCCUCAACAUCAGAGAGGCAGUGGCCUGCUCGCGCGAGGCCAUGCUUGAUAAGAUCAUGUGUUUUCAAGGACUCGACUCAGCAGAUUAUUCAGAUAUCCAGAUACCCACAUCCCGCCUUACCGCGUCCAGCGUGGGAUUCGUUCGUCAACAACCCCUCCGCCCUGGCACUGUAUACGAUGUCCAUAUUUCCAGGGUGUGCAGUGGCGCAAAAGCAGGGUGUGUUAACGAUAACGCGCCUCCGAUGCGAUCGACGAUGCUGUAGACCGGAUUCGCCUGAACGAUAUCUUGCCUAUUGUUUUCAAAUUCGCCGAUGACAAACCCGAAGCCAGAAGUCAGGGCUUGGCUGGAGACGAACGCCCUUGUGCGAAUAUCCGAUGAACCGGGUUGGCCAGUCAGUCUGACGAGGUAGUUGAUAUUCGUGUCUUUCUCGCUGAAAACAUGGCGAUCUCUGUUGCUGGCGCAAUUUUGGCAGUUGAUGGUGGAUGAACGCCGGUGGGUGAAAGAGCAGAAUCAAGUGAGACUGUAUCUUAGAUCAGGAGAACGAUGAAACCAAUCCUCCCAAAGCAUGGUGGACAUUUCAACACGGGUAUUUCCUGGUCGUAUAGCACCUCAAAUACAUCUCUCAUCUUCCUAUCCAGGCCGUAUGUACAAUAAAUAGAC